UCAUACAAAAUUAAGGUGUGUAGCUUCUGAGUUUUAAGGUUAUCAAUCGACAAAGAUGCUUUGAGGAGCAACCACUCAAAUAGUUUUGAGUAAUAGGAUAAUUGUUCUUGUCUUUUUUUUCAGUUGUGAACAACCAACAAUGAGAGGCUGCGCAUUGUCCUUAACCACCAACAUCAUCAACUCCAUUCCUUUUCUUCACAUUCAUGCUUCUCAACCUUCAUUUUCAUUCCCAUCUCAAUCUCUCACCAUUCACAACCCAACACUAAAACCAUUACCCUCAACUUCACUUUCUAUCCAUUAUCAUCAUCCAGUUCAUGCCCAACAACACCAGAGCCAACUACAUCAUGAUAAUGAUGAAGAAGAAGAAGAAAGCUUUCAAAUUCUAACAUCUGUGAAAACCGAUUACAAUGAUAUCAUGAUUGUGGAUACCCCUAAUUCUAGAAUGCUUCUCCUUGAUUCAUCUCAUAAUGUUCAUAGCAUUCUUUACAAGGAGCGAAAAUGGACAAAUUCGUACUGGGACGAAUUUGCCAGCUUGCCAGCCAUUGUUCCAGAAGGCCCUAUUGCUAUCUUAGGUUUGGGUGGUGGAACUGCUGCUCAUCUGAUGCUUGAAUUGUGGCCUUCGCUGCGACUUGAAGGAUGGGAGAUUGACGACAUUUUGAUCGAUAAAGCAAGAGAUUACUUUGGUUUAUCUGAUCUGGAGAAGACAACAGAAGAUGGUGGCAUUCUAAGUGUUCAUAUUGGCGAUGUCUUCGUUCCCUCAGAGGAUUUGCACGGAAGAUACGCGGGAAUUGUUGUUGACUUGUUCUCUGAUGGAAAAGUUUUGCCUCAACUGCAAGAGGUUAGUACAUGGUUGGAAUUACGGGAUCGAUUGAUGGCCAAUGGUCGUUUGAUGGUGAACUGUGGUGGCAUUGACGCGAGUUCAAGUGUCGCAUUUGCAAGUAGUGAUCCUGGAAAUUUAUCAAAUGAUGAAGCAUGGUUAUUAAAUGCAGCAAUGAAAGCGUUAUCCAAAGCAUUUCCUGGAGAACUAAGUUGGAAGAGAAUGCCGAAGGAAACCGGUGAGAAUUUUAUGGCACUUACAGGAGCCUUGCCUGAUCUGAAAUCUUGGUCUGCUAAUGUCCCGUCUCCUUUGAGCACAGGAGUGGUGGAUUGGAGACCUUGUGGAAUGGUUUCUAGAAUUUGAUCUUUACCACUUCAUGGUUAAUGUGGAAAUAUGUUUUUGUAGGGAAUGAACAGAGCAGAAUAAUAAGGAGCAGAGUAGAAUGAAACAAAAUGGAUUGAAUCGGAAUGAAUCAUCUCAAAAUUUAAAGAUGGAAUAAGAUAAAUUAUUCAUUCCGUCCAAAUCGAAGGGGAAGAAAUAUGAUGAUAAAUGAUGGAAUGGAUGCCCUGUUCCAUUCCAUCUAAUUUUAAAUGAUUCAAAUAAUAGAAUACCAUUUCAUUUUA